AUGAAUUCAACAAAAAAAGCAAAGGGAUCAGUAAUUCAAUGGAUCAAAACACUAGAUUCAGUAUUGAUUGCAAAAUCUAGAAUGUUAAAUAAUGAUGUUAAAACUGAAAAAUGCAAAAUAGCUGCAUUUGACUUGGACGGUACUUUGAUUAAAACUAAAGGUAAACAUGUUCAUUCAAAAGAUAAACAUGAUUGGCUUUGGUGGGACUCCAUGAUACCAAAACGACUUGAAAAACUGAAUAAUGAAGGUUAUCAAAUAGUUAUACUUUCCAAUCAAAAUGGUUUACGAAAGUUCAACAUGAUAAAUGACUUUAAAUACAAGAUGGAAAAUAUUUUAAGUCAAGUUAAUUCACCCAUUCUCUUUAUGGCUGCAUUAGAAAAAGACAUGUAUCGUAAGCCGAUGACAGGAAUGUGGGAUUGGUUAAACACACAUAUUUAUACAAAUAUUGACAAGAUGCAAAGUUUAUAUGUGGGCGAUGCAGCAGGAAGAGAAGUUGAUUGGAAACCCAAUAAAAAAAAGGAUCAUUCAUGUGGAGAUCGUAAAUUUGCAGCCAAUCUUCAAAUCAAUUUUUAUACUCCUGAAGAAUUUUUUUUGAAUGAGCCCAAGACAACACACUUUAGCUGGAAAGGAUUUGAUGCUAAUCAAUAUUUAUCAUUAGAAUUGCCCCUUUAUACACCACAAGAUACACCCUUAUUUAAUAGAGAACAAAAAAGAGAAGUUAUUAUUUGUGUAGGCUAUCCUGCAAGUGGGAAAUCAAGAUUUGUAGAAAAGUAUUUAGUCAAAGAAAGAGGCUAUAUACACAUUAAUCAAGAUACAUUAAAGACAAAGGAUAAAUGUAUUAAAAGAUGCAAAGAAGCAUUAGAAAAUUCAACUUCAUCUAUUGUCAUUGAUAAUACAAAUCCUGAACGUUCUACACGUGCUAUUUAUAUCAAAUUAGCUCAAGAGGCAAAGGCUCCCGUUCGAUGCUUUUAUUUUGGAGAUAAUAUGGAUUUAGCUCAACAUAAUAAUUAUUAUCGUGCGCUUUAUCAGCAACAAGAUCCCAAAAGAUUAUUAAGUUCCAUUGUAUUUCACAAGUUUAAAAAGUCUUUUCAACCACCUACCUUAUCUGAAGGCUUUGAAGAAAUCAAACAAAUUCACUUUGUAUUUGAUGAAUCAGAGAAAGAAAAAGAAAUAUGGAAGAAAUGGUGGACUGCAUAA